UGUUUACAUAUUUUGCUUCAUCGUUUUGAUCUAUUCUCUUAGUAUCUCCAUUAUUAGUUCAUUUCCUUGGACUCGAUAAUCAUGCCUACUUAGAAGCAACGUGUCUUCACAUGGAGUUAGUCCACAUUUGGACCCCAAGCUAGCCGAUAUAUACCCAAGACUAUUGCUUUGAAACCCAUAAAAUACCUCGAGUUCUAAGGAGUGCUUCAUUCCACCACCUUGUUACUAGUGAUUUGGGAAGCAAGAAACUUCAAUGGCAGAGCAGAUGCCCAUCAUCACUGGUAGCAGCCCAGUAGAGCCAGUUGAUGGAAAGGCGAAGGAUAUCAUGCAGAAUUCUCCUACUGAACAAGCUCAGGAUAAGAAGAAUAGUGCUCCUGAAAAGCUCAAGGCUGACGUCCCUGGCUCUGGUUCUAGUCCUGAAAAAGACUCGGCAAGUGGUGGUAAUAAGUUGGAUGGAGAAAAGGAGGAUAAGAAGGCAGCAGGUGGGGAGAAGAAGGAAAAAAAACUCCUAGGUGAUAGCUCGGACUCUGCCUCGGCCUCAGCCUCCGACGACGACUCCGCCUCUGCUGACGACUCUGUCUCCGCUGAUGACUCUGCCUCUGACUCUGCUGAUGACUCCGUCUCAGACUCUGCCUCCGAUUCUGAUUCCGAUUCCGGCAAAUCAAGCAGCAAAGCAGUGAAGAAGGAUAAGAAGAAGAAGAAGAAGAAGGGGUUAAUGAAUCAGAUUAAAGAGAAGCUUAGCAAGAAAAACAAGGAAGGAGUGGAGGUUCCCAAAAAAAGUCUUGACAAGCUGGAAUGUAAGAGCAAUGACUCUGCCUCCGGGUCGGAGUCCGGCGGUGACUCUAAAUCUGAUGCUGACUCCGGCGAUGAUUCUAAAUCUGGUCAGGAUGGGGAGUCUAAAUCUAAGGCAAAGAAGAAAAAGGAACUACAGGAGAAGACUCGGGCAGAGACUGGUGAAGGGAGUGGGAAAGACACAUCACCAGUAGCACCAGAGAAAACUAUGGAAGUCGAAGAAACGAAAGCAAAGUGAGACGGACAGAGGGGAAUAUGGUAAAAACCAUCAUGCCAGCUAUCAUAAAAGCAAUAAAGUGUGAGGAGGUGGAGGGCACCUCGAAAGCAGCUUUUAUUCUAUGAUUACAGUCGUACUCCUCCUUUAGUGUGGCUUGUGAGAAGAUGAUACUAAUGAGUAAUAAUGUAAUCAAUUACGGUGUCUAUGUAGUCUGCAUGAACAUGCAUAUCAAUAAAAUGUUUGAUUAUUUAAUUUUA